AUGUUUAUCGAUUUCGUGACAUUUAUUGUUCUAUUAUCGUCAAUGUUACAACAGAGUGUUUCUUCAACUCCUGUAAAAAGCAUGUCAGCACACAUCCGUUAUACUGAUUAUCCAUUAGCCACUUCAUCAUCUCUAGCCGAGCCAUUAUUGCCACGAAUGUAUAGCAAACAUAAUUCUGUAUUUGAUAAUCCAAAUGACGAUGAUCUAACAGGAUUGGGAGGAGGUGGAGGGCAACAACAUCAAAAACAAGCAUGGAUAAAUUCGGAUGCUGAACAAGUUUACUUGGAAACAUCAUCACAUUCAGAUGGAAAUUAUUUAUCAAAUUCCAACGACUUCAGACAAGACGAACAACAGCAAAAGCAACCCUAUUUAUUAUUAACUAAAAUGCCUGAGUAUUCAAAUAUGUUGUACGGAUCCUAUUCUUCCACGAGAAAAGUAUAUUCACCCGUUAAACAUCAAAAAAGAUCAUAUAAUUUUAACAAUAACAACAACAAUGAAAAUACCGACACCAGCAAUAAUCUUAGUCAAAAUCCAUUUGCUAGUCUUGCCUCCAAUUAUAGUCCCCAUAUGGGACCUCGUUUAUCGCCAUCGUUAAAGCAAAUGAUUGAUACAAAUCCAUUUGCAAGAGCUUGGUUGGGACUGCUUUUAAAAAAAAUUGUACAAGAACAACCUGUACCAUACAUAUUUAAAUAUGGAAAAAAAUAA